GCGCUCACACCGCUUUCUCUGGGCGCUGGGACCUGCAGCCCCGACAGGCAGAGUGGACAGUGAGAGAGACAGAGACAGAGAAAAAGGUCUUCCUUUACCGUUGGUUCACCCCCCAAUGGCCACUGCGGCCGGCGCAUCUCGCUGAUCUGAAGCCAGGAGCCAGGUGCUUCUCCUGGUCUCCCAUGCGGGUGCAGGGCCCAAGGACUUGGGCCAUCCUCCACUGCACUCCCUGGCCACAGCAGAGAGCUGGACUGGAAGAGGAGCAACCGGGACAGAAUCCGGCGCCCCGACCGGGACUAGAACCCUAGGUGCCGGUGCCGCCGCAGGUGGAGGAUUAGCCUAGUGAGCCGUGGCGCCAGCCAAACCUCAGGAGCCUCAGGAUGGUGCGUGCUAAGAACUGGACCCUGAAGAAGCACUUCCAUGGCCACCCCACGGAGAGCGACUUUGAGCUGAAGACAGUGGAGCUCCCACCGUUAAACAACGGAGAGGUCCUGCUGGAAGCUCUGUUCCUCUCCGUGGAUCCUUACAUGAGGUUGGGAUCCAAAAGAUUGAAGGAGGGAGACACCAUGAUGGGGCAGCAAGUGGCCAGAGUUGUGGAAAGCAAAAACCCAGCAUGGCCGCUCGGGACCGUCGUCCUGGCUUAUGCAGGCUGGGCAUCGCACUCCAUUUCCGAUGGACAACAACUGGAGAAGCUGCUUACCGAGUGGCCAGACACCUUGCCACUGUCUUUGGCCCUGGGAACAGUCGGCAUGCCAGGCCUGACCGCCUACUUUGGUCUCCUCGACGUCUGCGGAGCAAAGAGUGGAGACACCGUCCUGGUGAAUGCAGCCGCCGGAGCCGUGGGCGCAGUCGUGGGGCAGAUCGCCAAGAUCAAGGGCUGCAAAGUCGUGGGAGCAGCAGGGUCUGAUGAAAAGGUCGACUACCUGAAGAAGAUUGGGUUUGAUUUUGCCUUUAACUACAAGACGGUGAAGUCCCUGGAAGAAACCUUGAAAAAAGCCGCUCCUGAUGGGUACGAUUGCUAUUUUGAUAAUGUAGGUGGAGAGUUCUCCAAUACUGUUAUCCGCCAGAUGAAGAAAUUUGGGAGAGUUGCAAUGUGUGGGGCCAUUUCUAUGUACAACAGUACUGGCCAGCUUCCCCCAGGCCCAUCCCCGGAGAGCAUGAUCUACCAGGAAAUCCGCAUGGAAGGUUUCCUCUGCACCCGCUGGAAGGGAGAAGUGCGCCAGAAGGCGCUGAAGGAGCUGCUGACGUGGGUUCUAGAGGGGAAAAUCCAGUAUCGUGAAUUCGUCAUUGAAGGAUUUGAAAACAUGCCUGCUACGUUUAUGAGAAUGCUGAAAGGAGAGAAUGUGGGGAAAGCCAUAGUGAAAGUCUAAAGAGUGGCGCAUGCAAGCAUUGGAUCAUCUGGUACACUUAAUAUUUCCUAUCACUUAGUAAAAAUAGACACUGCCUAAUCAUCCAAGAAGCAGCAGCUGCAAGGAGUUUGACGUCAUAAAAUCCAUUGACAUGCAUGGAGGAGAGGGGGGUUGGUCUACAAGUUGAGAUGCCUGGGCUUAUGCUCCUGACUCCACCUUCCUGCUAAUGUGCAUUGGGGAGGCAGCAGGUGAUGGCUCAAGUAACUGAGUUCCAGCUGCCCACGUGGGAGGCUGGAUUGUGUUUGCUCUUGCCUCCUGGCUUUGGCCUGACUCAGCCCAACCUGGGCCACUGCAUGCCUCUGGCAAGUGAACCAGCAGAUGGGCUGUCUCUCUGCCUUCUUUUUCUGCCUCUCAAUAAAUAAAUAAAAUCUCAAUAAGCAAAUACAUGGAUGUGAUUAUGGACAGA